CGCGGGGGGUGGAUGGUGUUGGCCGCGGGUCCCGGGCCCUGGCGGGUGCAAGAGCUGGAGCUGGCUGCGAGCGCCUCCGCCACUCCCCGCCCGACCCCCACCGCUUCCUUGUGCCCUCGUCGCGUUCCGCUGCCGACCACCCUGAGCUGGCAGCGCUGUACGAUGUGAGCGGCCGCGGGGCUCGGCAGCGCCCCCGGUGCCCACGACGCUGGGGCGGGCAGCGAUGGCCAGAGCCUGGCGUGGGAGCAGCCUCCGUCGCCGAUAGGAAGCGCCGGGGGCAGCUGGGCAGGCGGCGCGGAGACUCCCUCGGGCCGUGAAGCGCUUGUCCCGCCCCGCCCCCUCCCUUCUUCCUCCCCCUCGUCCUCCUUUUCCCCGCGGCCGGUGCAUGCGGGGCGCCGGGGGCUAAGCUCGGCCCCCCAGUAGCAGCCGGAGCGAGUGACCCUUCGAGUCCCGAGCAUCCCCGCCAUGUCCUCGUCCAGCUCCUCGCAGACCCCCCCGUCCCACCACCAGCCCCCGCCGCAGAGGAUGAGGCGCGGCGCCGCCGGGUCCCCUACUGCCGGUGGCGGCAUGGCCGGGGGCCCCGGUAACGGUGCCGGGGGAGGUGCGGCGGGGACCAGCCGACUGCUGCAGCCCAUCCGAGCGACCGUCCCGUACCAGCUCCUGCGGGGCAACCAGCACAGCCCGACACGGUCCCCCUCCGCCUCGGUGGGCAGCAAUACCGGGCCGGGGGGCAGCGGCGGGGGUCGCGGAGGAGGCAGCCCGCCGCCGCCCAGCGCGACGCCGCCGUUGACGGCGGGAGGCAGCGUGGCGGAGCCGGGCAGGGUGAAGGGCAGGCAGCGGCGCUCUCCGGAGAGCGGCGGCAGCAGCAGGAGGAGCAGCUCACCUGAGAGACGGAGCCCCAGCUCCCCAGUGUACAGAGUGGACAGGCCAAAAUCCCAGCAAAUCAGAACUUCUGGUACCAUAAGGCGAACUUCUUCUUUGGACACAAUAACAGGACCUUACCUCACAGGACAGUGGCCACGUGAUCCCCAUGUACACUACCCUUCAUGUAUGAAAGAUAAAUCUACUCAGACACCUAGCUGUUGGGCUGAAGAGGGAGCAGAAAAGAGGUCACAUCAGCGCUCAGCAUCAUGGGGAAGUGCUGAUCAACUAAAAGAGCAGAUUGCCAAACUGAGGCAGCAGCUUCAGCGCAGUAAGCAGAGUAGUCGUCACAGUAAAGAGAAAGAACGUCAGUCACCUCUCCAUGGCAACCAUAUAGCAAUCAGUCAGACUCAGGCUUCUAUUUCCAGAUCAGUCCCUAUGCCACUGUCAAACAUUUCAGUGCCAAAAUCAACUGUUUCACGUGUGCCGUGUAAUGUAGAAGGAAUAAGCCCUGAACUGGAAAAAGUAUUCAUUAAGGAAAACAGUGGAAAAGAAGAAGUAUCUAAGCCUUUGGAUAUACCUGAUGGUCGAAGGGCCCCAUUACCUGCUCACUAUCGUAGUAGUAGUACACGAAGCAUUGACACUCAGACUCCGUCUGUCCAGGAGCGCAGCAGCAGCUGCAGCAGUCAUUCACCAUGUGUCUCUCCCUUUUGCCCUCCUGAAUCUCAGGAUGGGAGUCCUUGCUCAACAGAAGAUUUGCUCUAUGAUCGUGAUAAAGACAGUGGGAGUAGCUCACCGUUGCCCAAGUAUGCUUCAUCUCCCAAACCAAACAACAGCUACAUGUUCAAACGAGAGCCCCCAGAGGGAUGUGAGCGAGUGAAGGUCUUUGAGGAAAUGUCAGUUUGUACAGAAGAGAAGUUGAAGUGUUCACGUUGGUUUGAAGAGGAAAUGGAGUCUUUUAUGCUUGAACUCUUUUGUGCAUUUAUAAAAGGCAACAAAAACCCAAGCAGAAAAGAUAAGGUCUCGUCAGCCUGUCUCAGCCCCUCUCUUUUCAUGUCCUGACAAAAACAAGGUUAAUUUCAUCCCAACCGGAUCAGCUUUCUGUCCUGUAAAACUCCUCGGCCCCCUCCUUCCUGCUUCAGACCUGACGCUGAAGAACUCUCCAAAUUCUGGUCAAAGCACAGCUUUGAGCACCCUGACUGUUGAGCAGCUUUCGUCUCGGGUUUCUUUCUCAUCUCUGUCAGAUGACACCAGCACAAUGGACUCCCCAGAGGUCCCGGUACAGCAGCCGUCCCCACAGCAGCAGCCGCUUUUGCAAGAAAUUCAGACUGAAGAGCAUUCCUCUCCUCAGAGCUACAUGUUAAUCUAGACCAAGGUGGAGCAGGCCUCUGCCCUGAGACAAGGACUGAGGAGACAGUAGUUCAGAUACAUCUGCAUGAGUUGGCAGCCCUUCAGAACAACACGGAAUACUUAGCAGCAUUCUCAAAAAGUAUCUCAACGCUGUUCUUGGCAGGGACAGAAUUCAUAUUCAGCAUUUUUUCUGAGAAAGCAGUAAUACCUGCAGAAUCCAUAUAUCAUUAAGCGUUUUAAGUGGAGACUAUGCAUUUCAUAGUAUGUUUGACCAGAUUAGUACUGUGUCCUGUGUUCUGUUUCAAAUUCUACAGUAUAAAUAAGCUCUAUAUAUAUAUAUAAAAAGAAAAAAAAAAGUUGCCUGUCUGAAUAGAAGAUGUCUUGCUGUGUUGUGUCCUAUGGAAAAUACUGUACUUCAGGAUUAUGUUUACAAUUGAUCCAGGUGUUUAUGUUUCUAACUUCUGUAAUACACACAAUGCAAAAAAAGAAAAAAAAAAGAAAAAAAGUGGCCACAACAGUUGCACAGUGCCCACCCUAUGGCCUAGCUUCAGGUACUUCUCUUGAAGUGUAAACUCAGGUAACUUGGAAUGUAUAUCAUAUUGGGAUAUAAAAUAUUUUACAGCUACAAAGCUAAAGAGGGAACAUCACUCUUUUGCCUUUCCUUAUUUUAUGCAUUAAUAUUUCCUCAUUACAUUCCACUCUCUUGGAAUAAGUGCAUUCAGAUCCAGGCGAACGAUGACCCUGGACAUGGGUGAACAUGAGGAGAACCAGCAAAUCUGUGAUGUAUAUCACUUUGUCAUGUGCUUACAAGUAAAACAACUGUUGCAUUUACUGUCAUUUCAAUAUAUGUAAAAAUGUGGCAUUUAAAGGUUUCAGGUGUUGCUCAGUUAAUGACUGUUAAACUGUUGCAAAUAAAGUGUUCAGUACUAGGCUGUACAUGAGAAACAUUCCACGUUGUGUGUGAGAGAAUUUUGAAAGACAAGAAUGUUUUUGUUCGAGGACAGACAUUUUUCAGGUUUUACAGAGGGGAUGAUGGGGAUUUCCUCUCAUGUUUUUGUUGGCAAUUAAGGAUGUGAGAUGCUACUGUUACCGUCUAAAAGUCAAAUUAAUGUUUAGUUUCUCUUUUGGAAAUGUUCAUUCCUUUGCUGGUUGGAAAUAGGGUUUCGGAUUUUGUUAAGCAGUGUUAGGCGAGCAGCAUUUUAUUUAUGUAGUCAGUAAUUGUGUUUUGGGAUUAAAGUCCAAAAGUAGCAAGUGGGUGUUCUAAGAAGGGUGGGGAAAACAGUAGUUUUAAGUUCAUGUUACUUAAUCAAAGCUUCUCCCAUAACUUUCAGUUACUUAAGCUGUGUGUGUAAAAGUGUGUUUUUUCCCCUCCUUAAGUGUGAAUAAAAGAAAAAUCCUUGUGAAAUACUCCUGGUUUUGCAGGCUGGACACUUUUUCAAAAUAGGACACAGCAGGAGCGGGUUAGUGGUGCUCUUCUGUUGUACUGCAACGAGAGGAGCGUUGCUUUCAGAGAUAAUUUCCUGUGAUACAAAGAGGACCCCAAAGGCAAAAUAAACUUGAUGUUCUUGCUCCAUUGCUUUCAGCUCAGUGGAACUAUAUUUAUGCUGUCUGCUCCUAAGAGAAUAAGGUUCACCUUUUCCAGGAAUUGAAGAGAUUAGUAGCCUGCAGCUACUGAGCAUUUAAACUUGCUCCAUUAUGUUUUUUUCCUCUUUUGAUGAUGAGAUUGCAGGGGGUCAGAGGGAGCCACCAAUAACUACUCAUUGAAUAUGUGCUUUCUUUGGAGAUAAAGCAUUGUUUCCUUUUUAUUACUGAGGUUUUGUUAAUGCUGUCUCACAAGGUGGGAUUUGCAGCCUAUAAAACAAGUCAUUGUUUUUGGCUCCCCUUGCAGAAAUACGGAAGGAGAGAGGUCUGUCUCUAACCCUUUUCAUGUGAAAAACCACCUUGAAACACAACAGCCAUCUUUAACCCUACUAAUCUCAGGCCUAGGUGAAAACACUAUAUUUUAUAGACUGAAAAUAAAGGGGAGAAAAUACUCAUGAUGUAAGUAUCGAUUCCUUUUAAUACUUUUCCUUCUAGAUUAACACUGCAGUAUGAUGACCUUUUUAUGCUCUGGUUAUGUCCAGAUAAGAAAUCGUAGUCUCUGUUAUUGGUGUUAGGUUACCAGGGGAUACGAUGAGUGGGUUUUAGGUCAGUGAUGAAUUCUGUACAGUAUUUGCAAUGCCAUUAUGUGUUCUCUUAAUUUUUUUCCACGAGAAACUAAAUAUUAAUUAAAUUGCGCAUUUGUUCUUAUCAGAUUUGAAGGUUUUGAACCAAAUGUGUUAAAGCUAAUGCUUUGCCAUGUAAAUUUCCCAGCAGUUGUUUAUCUCAAUUGUAUUCUACAUCCAGCUGUAGAAAUUUGUCAAAUAUUGUUUAAAGUUUUGUACAUAGUUGUACUGUUAUUUCUAGCCACUGUGCUGAACAGUAUUCAAGUUAUCACACAAUAUUGCUUUACACAAGGAAAUGUGUGGCUUUUGUUUUGUAUUUUUUUUCGGUAUAGAAGUUCCUGUGUCUUAUUUAAAUAAAAAUUAUAGUUAAAAAAA